UGGUUGUUAUAGUGAUAAACUGAGGCCUUGCCUCUGGGCUUCUCCCGGAAGGGAUGGGAAGGGUGGGGGGCUUACUUCUUUAAGGGGAGACUGGGAGAAGGGACGCGAAAUGGGGGGGAGGAUGGGUGGGGACGAGACAAGUACCUGACAAAGAAAACAUCUGCCUGGGAGGAGACUCUCAGAGGGUGUCGAGCUGGAGGGAGCAUUGACUGGCCAUGCCAGUACUUACCACUGAUGCUGAGUCAGAAACAGGUAUCCCAAAAUCCUUUUCCAAUGAGCCUCCUUCAGAAACCAUGGAGGAAAUAGAGCACACAUGCCCACAGCCUCGACUGACCCUGACUGCACCUGCCCCAUUUGCAGAUGAGACCAGCUGCCACUGCCAAGCUCCCCACGAAAGACUGACCAUUGCCCAGGCCCGCUUAGGAACUCCAGUUGACCGGCCUGUCAGAGUCUACGCGGAUGGCAUAUUUGACCUCUUCCACUCAGGUCAUGCAAGGGCACUUAUGCAAGCAAAAACACUAUUUCCCAACAGCUACUUGUUGGUAGGAGUGUGCAGUGAUGACCUCACCCACAAAUUCAAAGGAUUCACCGUGAUGAACGAAGCCGAGAGGUAUGAAGCGCUCAGACACUGUCGCUAUGUGGAUGAAGUCAUCAGAGAUGCUCCGUGGACACUGACACCAGAGUUUCUGGAAAAACACAAGAUCGACUUCGUGGCUCACGAUGACAUCCCAUAUUCUUCUGCUGGCUCCGAUGAUGUUUACAAGCAUAUCAAAGAAGCAGGAAUGUUUGUUCCCACACAAAGAACAGAAGGCAUCUCAACCUCAGACAUCAUCACCAGAAUUGUCCGUGACUAUGAUGUGUAUGCUCGACGGAAUCUCCAGAGAGGGUACACAGCCAAGGAACUGAAUGUCAGCUUUAUAAAUGAGAAGAAGUACCGUUUCCAAAACCAAGUAGAUAAGAUGAAGGAGAAGGUCAAGAACGUGGAAGAAAGAUCAAAAGAAUUUGUGAACAGAGUGGAAGAAAAGAGUCAUGACCUAAUUCAAAAGUGGGAAGAAAAAUCAAGGGAAUUCAUUGGCAACUUCCUUGAACUGUUUGGGCCUGAUGGAGCAUGGAAGCAGAUGUUCCAGGAGAGGAGUAGCCGGAUGCUGCAGGCCUUGUCCCCGAAGCAGAGCCCUGUGAGCAGCCCCACAAGGAGCCGGUCCCCUUCCCGCUCCCCAUCGCCCACCUUCUCAUGGCUCCCGAGCAAAACUUCCCCUCCCUCCUCGCCCAAAGCAGCCUCAGCCUCCAUCAGCAGCAUGAGCGAGGGGGACGAGGAUGAGAAGUAGAGGCUGCUAGCCAAUAACCAGCCACACCACACAGGCCGGGGGAGGGAGGGUGGGACACCUGGGAGCCUAGAUGGUAUUGGAGGGCAAUAGUGGCAGGAGCCACAGAUGAACAGGAAGACCCCAUGAUCUGUGAAGAUGGCCUCGGGGAUCAGCUGUCUCACUCAGUCUCUGCUCAGUCCAAGACAUAGGCUCUGCAUGGAGGCUUCCUACUGGACAACCUGUCAUCUUCUUAGCCUCACCUCAAGGCACUCUACUUCAACUCUGCUAAGGAAAGAGGCAGAGCACCUCUUGAGACUCCCAUUGAGUGGGGCAUCUUCUGCUUUCAUUCUUCUACCCACCCCCACUGAGCAUACCACCCAUGGCAACACCUCUUUCCCCCAGCCUGCUCCUCCUGGCUCAGAAGGGCCCUGCACGUUGCCCUCUCACCACUUAAGCUCUGCCAGAAUAAAAGUUUCCAAUGGAGGUGGCCAAAUGCUGCGGGAAAUAAUGAAAGACAAACCUCAACCUCAGUGUAGUCACUGAAACCAUAUGCGGUUCUUCCAGUUCCAGGAACGUGGUGCAUAGACAAAGCCUUGCUUUAGGCCAGAUAUAUGAGAGGUCAUCUCGCAUGAACCUUCACUUGCUAUUCAUGGAGCAGGUUUGGUGGUGGAGAAUGCCACUUAAAGCCUAAUGUACUCCUGCUUAUAUUUCUUUCCAUCUUUGGUUUGACUUCACUGGUUUCAAAAUUACCUUAAUCAGUGGGAAAUGCAACAAACGGGCGAAAAACUUUUCUCUCCACACGUACGGGGAGCCGCUUUGCUUUGGUAAAUCUCUCCUGAAGCUUUCUCCUUAAAGGAUGCUAUGGAAUGGCUUUUCCCAUUUCUGACCACUAACAAUUUCACAGACCUCAAGUUUGAUGUACGAAACAGCAUAGUGUACCAACGGGGUGCUACCUGCACGUGUCUGUCCUGUGUAUGCUCCAAAUAUGCCACCCAGGGUGUAUACCAUGCAAUAUGAAAAUAUGGCGGUGGCAUUUUAUAAUCUUUCCUUCCCUGCUCUUGCCCCUACUACCCUGCUAAAAUCCCUGGUCUCUUGAUUCCCUUGUGACUUGGGCACUUUGCUAAAACUCAUUCUGGGUCCCUGUAGAAAUGUCUUGUCCCAAUCAGGAGAUUCAUCAUUCUCAUGACAUUCCAUACAAUUUGUGGGUGUUUUUUAUAGAGCACUGGGGGAACCCAAGUUCUGAUAUUGGCAUCUGAGUGGUCAAGGAGUCAGUACUCCCUGGUCUGCCAAGUGUGGUGUAGAAUUAGCAUUCCUGCUCAGGUACAGAAGGUUACAUCCCCAAAUCACAGGUGGGCAGUAAGUGGGCAGAAAUGAUGCGGAACCCCAUUCUUAGGCCAAAGUGGCACUGCCCGACCGUCUCAAUCAAAUCAGAGGCAUAGAUGGGGCCUGGCUGAGCAAAGCCAGCAUCUCUUGUGACUGAAACACUCCUUUCUAGAGGUCUUGGGAACCAGCCAUUUAGGUGACAAGUGGGCAGACAGUGAAGGAAAGUGGACUGUCUCUCCCUUGUGUUAGGGCUGAGUGGAGUGGCCUCCCCAUCCACUGAGAGAUGAGUGCAAUUGUUGGGAAACAAAACCAUGAGGCAAAGCUGCUUGAAGCUCUGUACUCAGGUCACUUUGUCCAGGACUGUCGCGCACUCCUGCAGGCCAGAGAGCCAGCAGCGACAUUAUGUGUGGAAAAAUAUUUAGCAAACAUGGCCCUGUGCAUUGAGCAAAGCCCUUUUCUCCCAUUGUGCCCACUGAGUUUUUCUGCUGUGUAGACAGAGCAGACUAGACAUGGGUGGCACUCAUGGCAAUGAAGGGAUGAGACUGCUUGGCACGGCAGAUAGUGAGGACAAGUGAAGAAGAGAUGAAGAGAGGGAAGGUUACAGACAACCUGAACUCAACCAUUGCAGGCCCUUGCUUUUUGGGGGGUCUCUUUCUUGGAGAGAUCUUUUACACAUUCAUCCCAGGCCCAGCACAGACACACCAUUCACCUGAAUCCUGUUCUGGAGCAAACAGCGUGGGCUUGAUGUGUCAAGCUGAUUGUAAGCUUGCAAGCCUCACACAUGACACUGGCGGGUACUCACCAGAUUCAGUAGCAUCAUGGCUGCCUGUGAUGGGAAAUGACCAAUGCCUGGGGUGCUCCAGGGAUAGGCCCAAACAUCCCACAUGUGGGAUCUUAAUGUCUCCAAUGUCACGUCCUAACACCCCCACCCUGCAUGAGGCUGUCAGGCUACUGAGAAGGAAUGGGGAGACUGUGCAGCCCACCUUCUGGUGCUACCUGGCCAUGGUUUCUCCCAGGAGGAGAUGGGCUACUCACUGAUUUGGGCUAGUUGCCAGUAAUGGCCAAGAAUGGACUGAGGCUGCAGUGAGAGAUGUGGAAAGUAUGCUCCAGGCUUGAAGAGGGACACAGACAUGACAAAUAGCGACAAGGUGUGAGGACCAUUCUCUGCCCUGGCAAAGGAAGCUGCAGGCAAUGGUAGCAGUGGGCUGAUGGGGGAGCUCCCUCCAGCCCUUCCUCCCCUGCAAGGAGCAGGUUUCCUUUCAGAGGCCCAAGGCUCACAGGUACCCUCAAGUGCUUGGUUCUCAGUAUCCCCCAUUAGCCACUACAUCAUCCUCCCAGAAAACCAAAAUUUUACCCUUCCACCAGCUAAGCAGAGAAUUGGGACCCCAGCCAUGCUGUGCAGCUCCAUCCAGAAAGCCAGCUAUGUGGCGAGGGCCCCCAGAGGCACAGAAACCAAUGUUCCUCUGUCUGUGGGGAGGGGACAGGUGGGGUGGGACCCAUGGCUCAAGCCAUCCUCUGAAGGUCAAGCAUUGGGAAUAUAUGCCUACUUGCUUCCCCCCAAUCUUCAGGACUCAUUUCCAUACCCAGCCGUGCCCCAGGGAGGGGCUCAGCCUGGCCCAGAAGCUCGCUCACCAGGCACUCACCACUGGGACUCUGUAGACUCCAGUCUUUCCUUGUGUCACUGCAGUGUGUCCCGGGACAAAGCCAUAAAAACAGAAGACAUACUCAAGACUAUACUGUACAUAGAAACCUAGGCGGCUCGGCUCGGCUCGGCUGGAUAAGCACGAUCCUCUGUACACACACUGGCUCUGGUGCUCAGUAGCAACGCGGCCCAACAUGUUGAUAAAUAAAGGGAUUCCCAACGCUU